AUGCUUCGCGGUCCUGGCGCUGUAAGAAAUGUAUUUGCCACUUUCGCCCCGUGUUUACGGUCCUACAGAGCCAGUUUUUUCAAAUCAAGUGAAGAAUAUGCAAACAAAUUGUGGCUAGGAGCCCGCGUCGUUGCUUUGAGUUGUCGGCAUUCGAGUAAUCACACUAUGGUCGUGAGACAAUCGAAAUUUGUUAAUGAGAAAUUUUACGACGAACUUGUAAGUCGAUAUGAUACACAAUUCACUCGGAUUAAGCACUUCUUCUUUAUGUGUGGAGCGAUUCCAUGUGUCUUAGGGGCCUUUAUAAUCAACACAUUUUUUGGACAAGCAGAACUCAUUGAAACUCCUGAUGAUUAUGAGCCUCAUUACUGGGAAUACUACAAGCAUCCUAUUACGCGCUUUAUUUCUCGAAACCUUAUGUGGAGUCCUCAACAAGUUUAUGAGAACAAUCUGGGCUAUCUAAAGCGUUCGAUGGAUUCCAUGGAUCUUGUUGCUGAGGAGAAGUGGUUCCAAGAAUCCGAACUGGCCUACCGCGAUUACCGUGGUUGGCAGUUUAUCCCAGUCAAUCCGGCCGGCGUACUGCGUGCUCACAAGGAAGAGCUCUUAAAUGAGGAAAUGGGAGACUGGAUCUCGCGAUAA